AUGGCUGUGGCCAUGACGAGCUUUUUAACCGGCUCCAUCACCGUCAUGAGUUCCUUCGCAGGUCGAGAUUUAGGCAUGACGAACGCGGAAAUCACAUGGAUGAAUGCUGCGACGUCUCUUACAGCAGGUUCUCUCCUCCUCUUCUUCGGCAGCAUAGCGGAUCUUUUCGGUCGCAAGUCCAUGUUCAUCGGCUCGCUAUUCUUCUUCUCCGUCUUCUGCCUCGGCGCCGGCUUCUCACAGUCUGGCAUGACUCUCGACAUACUUUGUGGCGUCCUAGGUAUCUUUUCCGCUUCCUCUGUGCCCCCGGCUCAAGGCAUGCUUGGCGCCAUCUAUGAGAGACCUAGUCGGAGGAAGAACAGAGCAUUUGGGUGUUUUAGUGCAGGAAACCCCAUGGGCUUUGUGUUUGGAACUAUUCUGUCUGGACUAUUCACCCAGGUCUUUAGCUGGAGGGCUGGUUUCUUCCUGUUAGCUAUAGUAUACUUUGUGACAAGUAUCGUUGCGGCUUUUACUGUACCAAGGGAUACGCAGCCGAAGCAGACGCUGGACAAGGAGACGUUGAAGAAGCUUGAUUUGCCGGGUACUGCGUUGACUAUCUUUGGGAUCGGCAUGUUUUGUGCGGCUUUGAGUUUGGGAGGCGAUGCGCCGAACGGGUGGAAGACGCCUUAUGUUCUUGUCCUACUGAUUCUAGGCAUCAUGCUAAUUGCGGCUUUCAUAGUGUGGGAGAUCAAGUACCCAUAUGCUAUGAUCGAUAUGAAGAUCUGGUACGACAGGGAUUUUUCUCUCCUCCUCGCAAUCCUCUCAUGCGGGUUUCUUGGGUUCCCGGUUCUAUCCUUCUGGAUCGCACUCUACUUCCAAACAGAGUUGAACUACAACGCACUUAUGACCGGCGUACACAUGCUACCCAUGGUCGUUGUAGGCCUCACCGCUAAUGCCGUCGCUGCCCUAAUCCAACACAAAGUUUCCAACAAACUGCUCGUAGGCAUCGGUGCCGCCGCACUAACCAUAUCCUUUACUCUGGCUGCUGUACAGAGGUACGGGGACUCAUAUUGGGCUUUCUCUUUCCCUGCGCUAUGUUUGUGUGUGAUCGGGGUGGACUUCCAGUUCAUCGUCGCUAAUAUGUACGUCCUCUCCUCGAUGCCUACCAACAAGCAGUCUAUCGCAGGUUCGCUCUUCCAGACUUUGACUCGUCUGUGUACAGCCAUCGCAUAUGGUAUCGCGACUGCCAUAUUUGACGCUGUGCAAAGAAAUCCUGCUACCUCUGGUUAUUAUGGCAACAAUACUGUCGAGCCAUUUGCAGCAGUGUUUUGGUUUGCGGCUGCUGUUUCUGUACCCGGUUUGCUUCUGGUGCCUUUCUUGAGAAUUGGUACCCAGGGUCACAAAGGGGAUACUGGACGGGUGAAAGUUGGUGGUGCAGAGAGGGGUUUGAGUGGGGACGAUGGACAUGUCGUUGCUGCAGUAAGUGAAAAGCAUGGGCAGAGUGAUGUAGAAGUGAGAGGGGGUGGGGUCUAA